AUGACCUAUUAUUAUUAUUAUUCAGUCAUCAUCAUUAUUCUUACUGUCAAUCUGACAUUUGCAUGGACAACACCGUCCAUAAUAAAAAGUAAAUCAUUUUCAUUAAAAAAUGGUACAUCAUUAAAUAUUGGCCAUCGAAUAUCAGCACAAGCUGAUAAAGUACGAAAUAUAACGACAUCAAAUCGUGAUCAUUUCGUACUUCCACAUAAAGAUCAUGAAGAAGAUAUUGAAGAUGAUGAUUUAUCAACAAAAAAACAAACAUCAUCUGUUGUCGUAUUAACAUCAUUAUCAGGUAUAUAUGUUUGGUGGCCAGUUUUAUUCGGUGGUGAUGAUUCCUUUCAUUUAUUACUUACUCAAGAAGAUGUACCUCGUUUUCAUGAUGUUACUGGCGAUGAUCAUGGUAAUAUUUAUUUAACAGCACCACAUGAACGUAAUGUUUAUCGUUUACAAUAUUCCGAUGGUUGGUGGAUAUCUAAUUUUUCUAAUCAUUCAGUUAUGAAUUCAAUUCGUAGUGAAAUGCCAUUAUUUCUCAAUAUUCAUUAUGUAUCAUCAAUACUUUAUGUUUAUGGUCAUUCAGAUAUACAAAUAAUUGAUUUACUUCAACGACCACGUACACGUGGUUCAGCACCAUUUAUGAAACGUUUACGUGAAUUAAGUCCCAAUUUACGUAUAAGUGAUAUGAUUAUUGAUCAAUUAACAUCCGAUGGUUAUAUUAUUGGUGAUUCAUAUGGUUGGUGUACAGUUAUACGUUGUUCAUUAAGUGUUAAUGAAUGUGUUUUUUUAUUUAAAAUUCCAUCAUCAUAUGAUAAUCGCCCAUAUCCAUGUACAGCAACAAUUGAUUUUUCAAAUAAAAUUAUGUAUUUAAGUUUAGAAGAAAAAAUUCUUGCUGUACAUCUUAAUGAACAAACAAAUUUUGAUCGACGACAAAUUUUAACAGAAAAACGUGGACCUCGCUCAACAUUAGGUUAUGAUGAUAUUGUUGCAUAUAAUAAUGUUAUUUUGUAUACUGAUGUUCUUAGACCAGUUUUACAUAUUUGCACAUUGCCGAAUUCAAAUCCUUGUAUGAAUAUCUCACUCACAUUUCCUUCACCACAACGAUCAAUAUUGCCACUUCGUCUAAGUAUUAUUCAAGUAUCAAAUCUUCGUGUACCGAUAUUCGAUGAUGAUGAUGAUCUUGAACUUCAUAUAAAUGAAACUACUACUAUUCCAUCACCACUAAAUCAAUUGAUUUCGAAUAAGACAACUGAAUUACAGCGUCUUAUCAAUGAUACUUCAACUAAACCUUAUGUAAAUAAAAAAAUAAGUGCAAGUAACAUUUGGAUGUUAAUACUUGGAAUUUGUAUUGGUCUAGUUCUUGCUGGCUUAUCAUUCUUAAUUUAUUAUAUUAUAUGCAAUAAAAAUCAAACAAAAUUGAAAAAAAAAUUUAUAGCAAUAGAUCGAAAGCCAUCAUCAAUAAAAACAAGUACAUCAGGAUGUGCACCACUUCUCAAAUGUUAUCGAUCAAAUGAAAUUAAAACAAAAAAUGAACCAUUAAAUUUAGGAUCAACAAAUGGAUCAUCAGGUUCAUCUGCAACCGAUUCAAAUACAGGAAGUUCAAGUGAAUUAACAACAUAUACAAGUAGCUCAUCAAGUUAUCGGCCAGAUACAAUUCUUUAG